AUUUUAAUAUCCAGUUCCAGUUAAACAGCCGCACUCAUGCUCUUCAUCAACCAGACUGUUUCUGUGGACUAACAAAGACACUUCACCUCAAGCACAGAGAAAUAUGGUUCUGCUAAUAAACAAUGUCGCUGUUUUGAUAAUAGCAGCAGUUACAGCAUGUGCUACUUCACCUUCUGAUGAGAGUUGGACAUUUUCUGAUGAUUGUCAGGUUGAUUUAAACACAUGUUUAACAAAUUACCUCCAGAAAUUAAACAAUAACUGCACAACAAACUCAUCAACUGUAGUGAAUAUAGAAUGUCACCUCAACACAAUAGUGAACUUUACGAGUCUUGUGGUGUACAAUGUCCCUGACCAAGAUCUAACAUCCUUGAGAAAGGCUGUGCUGGAUGUAAAUUGGCUGCUGUUGUCCAAUCUUAUGAAUAAAAUCAACGAUGACCAAAAGUUCUCUGUGCAAAAUCUUGAGGUACUUCUGAUCAAACGCAGAGUCAGCUCUGGCCCCUAUAACCUUGUCAAUGUAUCUGUGACGAUCGAUUUCACACAGCCGUCAUUGAUGGCUAAUGCUGCAGUGGUCUUCAUGAGCUACACCAACAUCUCCAGCCUCUUCAGCAUCGUUAAUCAAUCAACGGAAACCACUAUAAUGUCCCCUGUGGUUUCAGCACGUUUUUUAUCCUUCAAACCAGACCUCACCAAACCUGUCGACUUCACGCUCACACACAUCACACCAUUGGACCCUAAUGCCUUUCUGUCCUGUAUGGACUGGGAGACAAAUUCAUGGGACACGUGUUCCCUCACACAGACCAGUAGCACUAAGUCCGUGUGCUCGUGUAAAAACCUGACUAUGUUUGCGCUCAUCAGUCAAACUGACCCAUGCAGUUUAAAUUUGACAUUACAGUGUGCAAUGGAUUUCCUGGACCAGACUCAGCAAAACAUUGUUUCAGACCUAUCGCAGGAGACAGUGAAAGGAUAUUUAAACACGAUUAUGAAUUUAACAAAUUUUAUAAACCAGUCAAGCCAAAACACUUAUGGAAAUCUAUUGAUGAAUGUUACUGAGAAACUGGCCUCAAGAUUGGUGACUGAAACAGCUACCUACAAUUCCACCACCAUCUCUCUCCAAACUUUAGAGCUUAGGAUUUUAACAGUUGGUCCGAAGGUUAACUUAAGCAGAACCCCUACACUUGUAACAAGCAGUGCCACUAUGGAUAUAGAUCUCAUUGGAAUUUCAAAGAAUAACAAAGGAUCGGCUGCUGUGGCCUUCAUAAGCUACACCAACAUGUCAAACAUCCUACAAGCUGACUUCAAAGCAUAUACAGAUGUUAAUAAAGUUGUGAUGUCAGUGGUGGUGUCUGCAACACUUCCCAAGACUGCAAACACAAAUCUCACCAAACUCUACAACUUCACCCUGAAACACCUCACAGCGUUAUCACCCGAAAACAUUCUCUCCUGUAUGUACUGGAAUGAAAAUGCCUGGCAUACAGAUUACUGUAACGUCACAGAAACCAACAGCAGUCACACUGUGUGCUCGUGUAAUCAACUGGGAACUGUCCUGCUCAUCAUGCAGACUGAUCCAUGCAAAGAUUAUUUAACAGGACCAUGCUCAAAGAACUUCCUGUUUCAGAUCCUUAAGUACUUACCCCAAGAAUUACCCCAGGAGAUUGUGAAGAACUAUUUGAAAAUCAUGAUAAGUCUUACAGCUCGUGUGACUGCCAAUGUUAUUGACCAAAAUUAUCUGAUAUCCUAUGGAAAUGAUGUUCUGAAUGUAGUCGAAAAUCUGGUGUCUACACUGGUGAGAAAAGACAGUCCUGAUACCAAAAUCAGUCUGUCUCUCCAAAAUUGUGAGGUUCAAGUAUUAAUGAUACAUGGACCAAAUGUCUCCUUGAGUGACAUUCCUGAACUUGGUACUACAAACACUUUAAUUGUUAUCGAUCUUAUUGAAAUUGCAAAGAACAACAAUGGAUCAGCUGCUGUGGCUUUUGUGAGGUACACCAACAUGACAAGCCUCCUGAAACCAUCCCUCCUUAAGACAACUACGAGCCCAAAUAAAACCAUGCUGUCCGAUGUGUUGUCAGUCUCGCUUUUAAAAAAUGCCAACCAAAACCUCACCAAACCAAUCAACGUCACCUUCAAACACAUUCACGAGUUCAACCCUGAAGGCAUCCUCUCCUGUGUGUAUUGGAAUAAAGACUCUUGGAUAGAUAAUUGUAGCAUCAUAUGGACGAACAGUACUCACACUGUGUGCUCAUGUGCUCAUCUGUCUACUUUUGCUCUCAUCAUGCGGACUGAACCAUGCAGGAGUGACCAUCUCAUGAACAUGAGCAUCGCAGGGGCUACAGCAGCAGGACUUGUAUUUCUGAGCUUGUCUUUAUUGACACUCCUCUUUUAUUCUAGAAACCCAGUGACAGACGCAGCUCUGAUCAACCUUUGCAUAAACCUUCUGGUGUUUUACAUUCUCAGCCUGAUCAAAAGUUUUUCCCUGCCUUAUAUACACCCCCUGCAUCUACGAACAGCAUUGGUCGGAAUCCAGUGGUUUUUCCUAAUGUCGGUUUUUGUGUGGAUGUUCAUCGAAGCUGUGCUGCUUUACAUCUUUGUAAGGAACCUAUCAGAGAUCAAAUCGAACUUGGGGGAGGUGAUUAGCUGGAAAUGGUUAAUUGCAAUUGGAUACCUUGUUCCUCUGGGAGUGCUGGGCAUGUCUGCUAUCCCCUUUCCUAAGGGUUACAUUGAUGAAGAAUGCUCUUUAAAUACUGAUGAAACCUUGAUCUUUAUUUUUGCAAGUCCUGUUCUUUUCACUGUUACAUUAAACCUUGUCCCCUACCUCAUCCUCAUCGUCGUCGUCGCCGUCAAUCGCCAACCCCUGAUGAAUGAAGUCUUUCAAAUGAGAAACAGCUCCGAUAAGAGUCUCUUGAAGUGUAUGAUGGUUAGAAGCCUGACCCAGUUUGUCGUUCUCAUUUGCUACUGGAUUUUUCUGUACAUCCCGAGCAAGAACGGAAUAUUAUAUCACGCCUUCCUGUUCCUCAACUCCCAGCAGGGGACGGUCAUCUUCUUCACCCACUGUCUCCUCAACAAACAGAUCAGACAGAAGUACAAAAAGCUUUUGUGUGCUUCCAACAAUCCUGGAGAAGCCUCCAGAAGUGUCCGGGGACAACCUGAAGAUUCCCAAGACAACUAAUAAGAGUUUACACUGAUGUACACAUGUUAGUGUCCUACUGUAUUUACACUUUUACAAUUUUGUUCUACAUUUUUUUAUUACAAUCUUCUAAUCAUUUAAAUGUUUGCAUCUUUAUUGUUGUGUGCUUGUGCAUGCAUUUAUUAUUUCUAACCACGAAUAAAUGUAAUACAAUUAUACAAUAAAAAUAAUAGAAUAAAAUUAGCAUUAUCUUAGUAUGUGAAAGUACUGUGGGUUUGUGAGAGCUUUACGGGAAUUUGUUGGAUAGUUAUGGGAGUUUGUAAAAGCACUGGGAGCAGUGUUGACAGCAUGUUAUGGGAGUUUGGGAGAGUUAUGGGAGUUUGACAGCAUGUUAUGGGAGUUUGUGAGCAUGUUAUGGGAGUUUGUGAGAAUGUUAUGGGAGUUUGUGAGCAUGUUAUGGGAGUUUGUGAGCAUGUUAUGGGAGUUUGUGAGCAUGUUAUGGGAGUUUGUAAGAAUGUUAUGGGAGUUUGUGAAUAUGUUAUGGGAGUUUGUGAGCAUGUUAUGGGAGUUUGUGAGAAUGUUAUGGGAGUUUGUGAGUAUGUUAUGGGGUUUGGGAGAGUUAUGGGAGUUUGUGAGCAUGUUAUGGGAGUUUGUGAGCAUGUUAAUGGAGUUUGGGAGAGUUAUGGAAGUUUGGGAGAGUUAUGGGAGUUUGGGAGAGUUAUGGAAGUUUGGGAUCAUGUUAUGGGAGUUUGGGAGCAUGUUAUGGGAGUUUGUGAGUAUGUUAUUGGAGUUUGGGAGAUUUAUGGGAGUUGGGGAGCAUGUUAUGGCAGUUUGGAAAAGCAUUGUGGGAGUUGGUAAGAGUGUGUUAGAAUGUGAAAGCAUUAUUGGAGUUUGUAAGAAUGUAAAAGGAGUUUGUAAGUAGCAUAAAACACUUUACAAUAAAAUAACCCUUGGGUGAUAGCACUGAAUUAGUCAUUUUAUUCAGAAGGUCUAGAAUGUCAUCUUCUUCUUCUUCUUCUUCUUCUUCUUUUUCGGCAUCUCCCAUUAGGGGUCCCCACAGCGGAUCAUCCGUUUCCAUUAAAUUCUCUUUCUUGAGCCGCAUGUUUGAUUUGGCACGUUUUUACGCUGGAUGCCCUUCAUAACGCAACCCUCCCCAUUUAACCAUGCUUGCGACCGGCACUAAGAGUGACCUGACUUGUGCAACCCUAAUGGCUGGGUUGGUCUAGAAUGUCUUAAAUGUCCAAAAAAAAAAAACUUUACAUCACACAAAAAUGAGUUGUCUAUUGUCCACAAACUAUCAAUGAUAACCGGCCAAUCUAAUGUAGCUCCCUUGGGCUAAAACAGUUUUAUAAAUCAGAGUUUAGGAUUGAAAGAAUAAACGGAGUGGUGAAUAUGCACCCUGAGUUUGUUAGCACUUCAGUGGUGCAGCAGUUUGAGUUCUGAAUCCUGCAGGUGGCGUUGUUGGGUCAAGGCCCAGGUUGAAUAAUUUAAAGGUAAUCAAUCUCACUAUUGCUAAUGAAUUUAAUUAUUGUUUGUUAACAACAGAUUCAUAAGUAUUUACCUCCUACCUUGAAUAUUUGAAGAAAAACAAUGUAUUUAAUUUAAGCCAAAUGACAAUCUCUGUUUGGAAGUCAGAAGCACUCAGUCAGUUUACAUACAAGUCACUUUUAAUA